GUUUCUACAGAGGCGAACAUUUAGUUAUCUUGGGACCGCCGCACUCACAGUCUAGUUUUAAAAGUAGAAGAAAGGACCACAUUUGGAUGUUUUUUUUUCCUUCUUACUUUUUUAAGAAUCCAAGGGAUAUAUUAAUUGGAUAAUUCUGCGUCGCGGUUGCGGGAUACUUUUCCAUUCACAUUAAUUUAACACCAAAACAUAAAAAAUGCCUCGAUCAUUUUUGGUAAAGAAAUAUUUUGCCAAACAAAAGCCGAAUUACAGUGAAUUGGAAUGCUACAAUGAACUCUCUUUGGAGCGGUACCCUCUGGCGGAGCUCGCACCCGGGGACAACAUGGCCACCUGCUUCACCGCCAGCCUAGUGUGGGACCUGAGCGUGCUGCCGGCCCUCUACCUGCCCGCCUCCUCCCUGGAGCCCUCUCCCGCCGUGGGGCCCCUGGACCUCAGCUCCCCCUCUAGCCUCAGCAGCAGCGCCAGUAGCAGCGGAGAAGAGGACGAGGGGAGAACCUCCGACCCCCCCAGCCCCGAGCCCGCGCACACGCACAAACACACGUACGGCCCCCGGCAGCGCAUGAAGUGCACGGGAGUCAAGAGCCUGGCCGUCUCGUCUCCCCGAGAGGAAGAGGUGGAGGAGGAGCGGGAGGCUGCGGCGUCACCCCUGGCGACCAGACCGGCCUUCCUCUGCAAACAUUGCCCCAAAGAGUACACCAGCCUGGGGGCCCUGAAGAUGCACAUCCGCUCGCACACACUGCCCUGCGUGUGCACCACGUGUGGCAAGGCCUUCUCCAGGCCCUGGCUGCUUCGCGGCCACAUCCGCACGCACACAGGUGAGCGCCCGUUCUCCUGCCCACACUGCAACCGAGCGUUCGCCGACCGCUCCAACCUGCGCGCCCACCUGCAGACGCACGCCGAAGUGAAGAAGUACCAGUGCGGCGUGUGCUCUCGCACCUUCAGCCGCAUGUCCCUGCUGCAGAAACACAGCUCCUCCGGCUGCUGCUCCAGCUCCGCCACGGGCUGAGGGCCGGGGGGGGGGGGGGAGAGGCCCUCUCCCCUGGAGGGGGGAAUGGAGGGACCUGUGUGAAGGCCUUCAGGCCUAGUGGAAGGCUGAACGCAGCCCAGAGGACCACCAGCAGGGCCGUCAGAGCAUGACUCGCGGUGCUCAGGGUUCAUUUGGAGAGGACGGCCAACGUACCGUGACAAGCCAAAGGCUGCGGCCGGGAUUUGGAUCGCGGAAAAAAAGGAACAGAUACAAUAUCUUGUUUAUGAACUUUGGACUUCUUUCAUUUUUUUUUUUUUUUCUGGUCCUUCAUACUUUAUGGGCUGCUGGAUCAGUGCUGAGUUGAGAGAUUCUGCUCAGGUGCUGGCCCUCUUUGACGGGCCACUUCUUAAACAGACCAAAUAAGUUAAAUCAUCAGAAGGGCUUAGUGGCAGGCCAGCUCAGGACCAGGAUCUAGUCCGACCUGCCCAGAGUGACGGGGGGGAGUGCGUGGGUGGGGUAAAUCUCUCAACACACACACACACACACACACACACACACACACACACACACACACACACACACACACACACACACACACACACACACACACACACACACACACACACACACACUCUCUCUCACCCAUAAGUGACACAGCUGUCGCUGGUACUAUAGUGCAGAGAGACGAGGGGCCAACAGGUGCAACAGCCAUGACCUUCGCUGCUAGUGUCAGCAGGUGACUUCCACUGGCCGGGUGAGCUCAUGAAAAAGAAGGAAGUGUGUCCACACAGAAGAAUGGCAUCAGUUAGUCCCUUCGUGAUUUUAUUCUUUGUUUUUAUUUUUUUCUCCUCCAGUGUAGAUGGCUUGUAAGCCCAUGUUUUGAUGACACCCAGAUCCGAGUCUAAUCAGAUGAACUUGAGCAAAUAGCAAAGCCAUUGUCGCCUGCCCUCCUAAUGAUGAGGAAGACGAUGCAAUUUAUGCACUCCAGGUUACCACAGUGUUGGCCAUGCCUACUAAAGCCAUUUUGUUUUUUAGGAGUUCUAUUGUUUCUCUGCCUUGAAAUCGUGUUACAACCAAAAACGUGCCUUUUAAUUUACCUCAUUUGGUAAGUUGUGUUCUUAUACAAGUGUCAGUUGCAGUAUUAGUAGAAAUUAGCACCAGAUAGUUGGAAAAAAAGUCGGUUUGGACCAAAGAACGUGCCUUUUUUUAUUGUUUACUCCAUGGAGACGUGGACACCUGAUAUGUGACCAGGACCGCUAAAUGGCCUGUAUGGAGACGGAUUUUAAACUUUCCUUACAAUGUUAUGGCUUUUUUGUUGUGCAAUUUUAAGAUGUCUUAUUUCAAUUUUAUACCAUGCUUGUGUGUUAUGUUUUUUGUCAUAUUUCAUAACUGAUGAAUUCUCAUUCAAUAAAGUAAUUUAUGUUUAUUAAAA